AUGAGUGCCACAAUGACCAUGACCGCUCCUGCAGAGCCUGCAGAGAUCACGGCGAGCAACGUCGCCACGAUCUUCCCCGAUGUGGAUACCUCCCUCGCGCGUGAUAUCCUUCCCUCUUCGACCAGUAACGGGGUUGCUCAAAGUUCCGAGCUUGCUGGUUACGAUGAUGAGCAAGUGCGAUUGAUGGAGGAGAUGUGUAUCGUGUUGGACAACGAAGACCGGCCCAUCGGCAGUGCUAGCAAAAAGACUUGCCACCUUAUGACCAACAUUGACAAGGGUCUGCUCCACCGUGCGUUCUCGGUCUUCUUGUUUGACGCCGAGAAGCGCCUCCUUCUUCAACAACGUGCGACCGAGAAAAUCACCUUCCCCGACAUGUGGACCAACACCUGCUGCUCUCAUCCUUUGGGCAUUCCGGGUGAGACGGGUGCGGAGCUUGAUGCGGCUGUCAUGGGUGUCAAGCGUGCGGCCCAGCGGAAGCUCCACCAGGAGCUCGGUAUCAAGGCUGAGCAAGUACCGCUCGACAAAUUCGAGUUUUUCACUCGAAUUCACUACAAGGCCCCCAGUGAUGGCAAGUGGGGAGAGCAUGAGAUCGACUAUAUCCUUUUCAUUCAAGCGGACGUCGAUCUGGAGCCCAAUCCGAAUGAGGUUCGCGACACCAAAUAUGUUUCGGCUGAAGACUUGAAAGCGAUGUUCAAGCAGCCCGAGCUCACAUUCACGCCCUGGUUCAAAUUGAUUUGCAACUCCAUGCUCUUCGAGUGGUGGAGUCACCUGGGCACCCCAGCCUUGGACAAAUAUAAAGGCGAAACUCAGAUUCGCCGUAUGUAA